UAGUACACCCCUUCCUCCUUGAUCCCUCUGUUCCUAUUUCCUCUUACACAAAAAACCUGUCGGAAAGCAUGGACGUUAACCUCAUGAAAUCAUCAUCGGAAAACGAAAUGGAGAUAAUGACACUGCUGACCAUGCGCCCCAAUAAUCCUCCUCAUCAGCCGCUCGACGACAACCUAGGAUUCUCAAUCCACAAUCCUUACGGCGGCGCCACCUUGUCGUUCUCGGGGGUUGAGCAACACCCAGUCGGCGCCGCCGCCGCAGAUCCGCCCCGGCACAAAAGCUCAUCAAACGGCGGGUCCAUGGAGGCGAUGAGGGAGAUGAUCUUCCGCAUAGCGAUGAUGCAGCCCAUCCACAUAGACCCGGAGUCGGUGAAGCCGCCGCGGCGGAAGAACGUGAAGAUUUCGAAAGAUCCGCAGAGCGUGGCGGCGCGGCACCGGCGGGAGAGGAUUAGCGAGAAGAUAAGGAUCCUGCAGAGACUGGUUCCCGGGGGAACGAAGAUGGACACGGCGUCCAUGUUAGACGAGGCGGUGCAUUACGUGAAGUUCCUGAAGAAACAAUUGGAGUAUUUAGAGGCGGCGGCGAGUGGGCCGACGACGAUUGCGGCGGCGGCGCCGGGGUUUCCGACAACAAUGUCGCCGACAUUAUUGGAUAUGAAUAUGAAUAUGAAUCUCAUGAAUUAUUAUUCAUCAUCAUCGUCGUCGGGCUCCAUGAAAGCCGCCUGCCAGGCUGUUCCAUCAAUGGGGUCUAACUUACAAAUGUUAAGUUAGUUAUAUAUGUUUCAACUCCAUCGAUCUCUCUCUGUACUUUUGUUUCAUUACUGUACUUUAAUUUACCAGAUUCCUCGAUCUACAACAACUGCUAGCUACCUAGAAAUGAAAUUAUUAGUGUGUAAAACUUUGGUCAGAUUUCCUGCACGUGAUUCUGAAGCCAUUUAUGUAACCUUAAUCUCAAAUUC